CCAAUGCUUCAUGCACAUCGCUCGUGCGUACGCGGAAAUCAUGACGUCAUCUCAGCUGUUUUGGCCUCCAGUGCAGUCUGUCGCAAGUGUAGACGUAAUUUUCGUUUCAGGAAUACAUCACGGGUUUACUAGUAGUAUUAUGCAGCUCAUUUCAUGUGCAGUAGCAUUGCAUGAACAGUGGCGUGUGUCAAUGUAAGGGUUCGCGCUGCUUUGUGUGGAAACGCUGCUUUUGCAGAAAGUAGAAAGCAUGACGUCAUGAGCUGAGCUCUGAAACGUUUGAGAUCAAAGGCACCGCGGUUAAGUUCUCAGGCACCGAACGCCGCGGUAACAUCUGUUGCCAUGCAGCAGUCAGAGAGCGGCGGAGGGGCGGCGACUGCUGAAGUCCAGCUCAACGACCAGCCCAACGCGCUCAUCGCGUGUAAAGUGCCCGAAGAGGUUUUUAAUGAGCAGCAGUUAAAGGAGCAGUUUGAGGCUUUGUUCCGUGAGUUUGAUCCAAGUACGUCCUUCCAGUUCUUUAAAAGCUUCAGACGGGUUCGGAUCAACUUCACCAAUGCACUGGCAGCAGCCGAGGCCAGAGUCAAACUCCAUAAGAGCGACUUCAAUGGAAAGGAGAUGCGUCUGUAUUUUGCUCAGGUGGUACAUAUUGGCAGUCCUCACCUUGAGCCUCCUAAACCAGAGAAGCAGUUCCUCAUCUCUCCUCCGGCAUCACCACCUGUUGGCUGGGCGCAGUUGCAGGAUGCUAUGCAAGUCGUCAAUUAUGACCUACUGUGUGCCGUGACUAAACUAGGGCCAGGAGAGCAGUAUGAGCUCCACACUGGAACCACCAACACACCCAGUGUGAUCGUACACGUGUGUGAGGACGACAGCUCAGACGGCGAAGAUGAAACUGCUGAGUGCAGCAAACGCAUGCGUCCCAAGAUCAUCCAUACCCGUCGCCCAGACUAUGUCCCAUCCGUGAACCAGUGAGCGGAUAAUUCUGGGCUGUUUAUUCUUUGCGACCAACACUGGAAUUACUAGGACACAUGCAGGCAUGCAGUUCGUCAUCCUCACCACCGGGGAGAUCGGCGAGCAUCAAAUCCUCUUCCUAGUUAGUGAGGGAGUCGACCAUCCUCGGAAUCUCAUGUUGUACUUCUUAACAUCCAUCUCUGAUGGAGUCAGAGACAUUGAGGUCUUGGGAGAGUUUUUCUCAAAUUACGAAUGUCAUUAUUUGCUUGACGU